GUGAUUUCAGCAGCUAUGUCCACUCAGGAGCUCUUUGUUGCUGCAGCUCGUAAAUGUCUGUCUGCUGGUAGGAAGUCUCUCUCUGUCCAUCAGAGUCUGGACCUGGCUUCUCAGGUCUUGGCUGUUGAUUUGGGAUUGAAGCCGGCUUUAUUGUAUGACAGCAACGGCGCCGGUGCAGAUCAGGUGCAGCAGUAUUUGAGCUCUUUGCAGUCUUCCCAGCUUGUUUCUAAAGCACUUCUCACACUGGAUUUAAAUGGAAACACUCUCAUUGUUAACCCUCUUACUGUCAGGUCAAAAGUAGAACAGAUUAUUCAUGAUAAAAACGUGGCUGUUAUUGACGUCUGCCACUCCCUGGAGAAGCCCACCAUCGCUGACCCACAUAGAGGAGAGCUGAGGAGCCUGACACAUGAUUUACUGCUCCUCCUAAAGAGGUUAGAACAACUGAAGGAGGCUGAGAAACCUCAUUAUGUUGAAGAGAAGCCAGAGGAGUGGAACCUGUGCACAGUAUUUGGUAUGUUAUUGGGUUUCCCCAUCACUUACUGGUUUGAUCAGACAAAGAGCUUUGAAAACUGCCUGUCUCUGACUCCCCUGAUGGUGACUGCAGCUUCAGCAACAUGGCAGGCCGACUCCUCUGGGCACAGAUGUUGUCUUUACUCCUUCAGCGUCCCGGCUGCUCUGCUUCAAGCUGUGCAGUCCAGCUUGGAAAACUGGAAGCUGUCUUUACAAGAAAGAUUUCAGCAGCAAAAUGUCUUUAUGGAUCUUACAGUUUGUCAAUCUACAGUCACUCUGCCUGCUGUCUGUUUGUGAUGCUACCAUAACGUUUGUCUUAAAAAUAAACAGUUAAAAA